AUGGGCCUCGACUACUCACAAUUAUGCUUUCGAAAUAGCAAAGACAGACAGAAAGAAGUCUUCAGCGAGCUGAUUGAUAUCGCGAUGAUGAACAACCGGCCGAUGGUGAUACACAGUAGAGAUGCAGAGGAAGAUACGAUCGAUGUUAUGUAUAAAGCCUGCUGCCAGCCAUUUAAAAUUCAUAGACACUGCUUCACUGGAACGGCUGAGGAAGCCAAAAAUUGGCUGAACAUUUUCCCCAGCAGCUACAUCGGCCUCACUCCGGCUGUCACUAAUUUUAGGAAAUACCCGACUUUGAGAGCUGUCAUAAAAGAAAUCCCGUUAAACAAACUGCUAAUAGAAACCGACGCUCCAUAUUUUGUUCCUCAGAUGAUGUCUCACUGCAACAUGCAGCAAUCCCAUCCUGGCAUGGCGAUUACAGUAGCAGUGAUGGUGGCCAAGAUCAAGCAAUGUCCUCUGGAUGAGGUGCUACAAGAGGUUCUUAAAAACACCAAGAAUAUGUACAACAUAUGA